AGUCAGCAUUCUGUUAUUGAUAAAGAAACAAUGGAUUUGUGUUGAUAUUAAGUGGUUUCAUGUUUUUAUUCUUAAAUAAAAUACGAUUUUGUUUAUACACUAUAAUCAAGAGAUUCUAUUUGAUAUAGUUAGUGUGUGCUAGUGAAGUGGACGAGGAUAUUUUCGAAUUUUGCUGCCGUAUGGUGAAUUUGUGACGGAAAUAAUAGGUGUGUUGUACGUCAUCGUACGAGUCGACGGUGAAUCACUGCAGACUAAAUCGGUCGGUAUCAAGUGACUGUCAAAUCACGCUGCCAUCAUGACGCUUCACUGGUGGAUGCACUGGUUCUGGGUGACAACGCUGCUAUUAAUUCUAGCGUGUACCGUGAUGAACGAGGCAGCUCCCCAGACAGAGUUGCACCAUGUGACGGACUACCAACACGAACGUCAGAAGGAAAGACAGCCGAGGGCCAUGUACUUCACAAAGAACGCGGAACUCGCUACCACAAAGAGCAACAACAAUGAAACAGAUACCAAAGCCGAAGUGAACGGAACUUCUACCAACACAACAGAAAUAAAAUGGACUCCAGUCAAUACUGACAACAUAACCAUCAUCCCGCUACCAGAGAACACAACAGCAAAUGUCACGGAUUACGGGAACACGACGGAGAUCCAAAACACUACGUUCACGACAAAGAAAACUAAUUUCACGAUAGCCGAUUUCGUGAAGGAGGACUUUACUUUGGAGGGUUCGGCCGAAAGCAGAAUAGUUACAGAAAAACCGUUGUCUUUGGAGACUAUAUUUUUGCAGACACGGAUCCCACCAAACGUAGAAUCUUCUAGGAGGAUUAUAGAUUCUGGUGGCGGAGGUAUGGACACGGGGGCGAUAGCUGGUAUCUCAUUCGCGGCGUUAGUCCUGGCUGCGCUGGCUGGCAGCACGGCGUUCGUUCUUUAUCGAAGAAGAUAUCUCAAUAAGCCGCAGACUUUGAAUGACAAAUGCUCAAAUCCUGACUCCAGUGGAUAUCUCGAUGACAGCACUAUCAGGGACAACUCGGAGGAGAUGUACAGUUUGGACAACGAUUCGUUCCUCAACUCCCUAGAAGCCAUGACCAUCCAGAACUACUGGACUGACACGGUGAAGCACACCAAGCUUUAAUGACAUUACUGCCAGGACACUGUCGCUGUUGAGAUGUGACGGCUGACAGGUGACAUCUGACAUCUGAUAGGUGACAGCUGACAGCUGACGAGUGUCUGACAUAACCGUGAACUUGUAAUUAGUUAUUGAGUGUUGUGUUGUUUAUAAAUCCAGUGGUAUUUAUUGUAGUCAUCCGACUGUAUCUUGUAUUGUUAGUUGUUGACGUAACGCAUACAAACUGCCCCUGAAUAUUGUAUUGGUAUAUAACAGAUAUAUAUAAAGUUUCUGACAAUGUUGCCAUUGUUCGAUCUUUAUUAUGAUUUAUAUAAUUUAAUUCUGCCACCGUGAUAGAUAUCUCUAUAACGGUGUGCAGAUUUUGCGGCGUCGAAUUUCACGGGUUAAUUUUAUGCGUUCAUAUAGUUUUACUAAUUUAUAGUGAUUUAAUUUUAGUAUUAUUAUUUUUAUUUUUAUUUUUUUGUUGUAAAUAAUAGUUAUAUAUGUGAUAUAAAUUAGUUAUUAAUAGACUUUUAAUCAAUAUGUACAGUAGUUCUUCUCGAUAUGGUUAAAAUUUUAAAUUUAUUACAACAAUAAUUAUUAAUUUUUAUAAGAAUAUGAUCUCAAUGUGAAAUUCAUUAGUAAGUAUUAUCGGUUGUAUGAAUGAAAAUAAAAAUGUACAAUUAAAAAUAAUUUUUCAUAUAAAGAAUUAAUUUAAAAAUAUAUUAUUAAUCUAAUAAUAGAAAUUAGUGAACGGCACAUUUGUUUUAUAAACUUAUAUAUUAAAUACAAGUAAUCUUUGUAUAGUUUAGAAUCAUAAAUGCAAUGUACCCACGUUUUAUUCCUUUAUUCUUUGGUCAAAAUGUAUUACACACUUUAUAGCACAACUAUUUUUUGCUACUUACAUUUCCGUCCAAUUAUUUUUGUGCUUAUUUUUUUCCUUAUAUUUACAUAUAUAUUAAAUUAUGCACACUAUAAAUCUGUUCCAGUAUUUUAGUUAUAGAAAGUAAAAACACUCUGUCUGGUGUCCGUGUUAACAUUUUGAUAUAAUUUAUAAUUACAAUAUCACAAUUAAGUUAUUGCAUAUUUUGAAAGUCUAAAAUGACUGAAAUCCAAACAUAGAGUAUAAAACAGACAGAAUAUCGAUAAAAGUAAAAAUCUUAAUUUAAAAAUUAUUUACAUUAAUUAGCUAUUCACUCUAAUAAGUACUUGUUUGUAUGAAUUUGAAGGAUUUAUAUAUUAGGCGGAAGAGCAAUGUAACAUUCUGAUAGACCAUGGAAACCCCAGAUGUAAAAUGUUCUUUGUGAGAUUAGAUUGUAUCAUAUUCAAUAUAAUUAAAUAUAUUUUUAAUUCUA